GCUCGCACCAAACUCACCACUCGCAAAUAUAAAUAAAUAACUAAAUAAAGAAAUAAAUAAAUAAAUACUCAUGACAAUAUUAUUCUAGAAAAAGCUAGUGUGAGAGAGAGACUUGAUGUCCAUGUCCCUAUUUAAACUCACAACUCUUGUCUCAACCAAACUUCACUAGUGCUUCAACCUUCUAUCCCCUUUCAUUCCAAUGGGUUUACAAAGAAUUAGUGUUCAAUUAUUAUGGUUUUGGUUCCUACUUUUGGCACUUGUGUCGAUCUGUCACGUGACAUCGGGUGCAAAUGAAAAGGACAAGGAAGAGUGCGCUGAGCAAUUAGCGGGACUAGCCACUUGUUUGCCGUACGUUGGAGGCAACGCAAAGUCUCCAACACCGGAUUGUUGUAGUGGCUUGAAACAAGUGUUGAACACCAACAAGAAAUGUUUGUGUGUGGUGGUCAAAGAUCGAAAUGAUCCGGAUCUAGGCCUCACGAUCAAUGUCACUCUCGCGUUAGGCCUCCCUACAGUUUGUCAUACCCCAGCCAAUAUUACAAAAUGUCCUGAACUUCUUCAUUUGGCUCCGAAUUCAACGGAUGCACAAGUUUUCUAUCAAUAUGGGCACUCUUCUAGUGGUGGUGCUUCGGCUAGUAGCCCCACGGCUAGUGCUAACGCGUCAACUGGCGGUGGUGUUGGAGCAAGUACUAAACGACCGAGUGGUAGUACGACUGGCACGGGAACAACAUGGUUGAAACAAGAAGUAAUACUUAUGGGAGUCGUGUCGUGCAUAUUAACUUUAACUUUUGUUAUGUAACUUUUUAAUUAUCUCUGAUCACAUUUGUACGUUUGUGUAUAUUAUCGAGUGUAUCAUUGUUAUUUAAAUAAUAUUUACAUUUCGAUUUGAAAUGGAUUUUAAGUUGCAUAA